UUGAGAAGGAAGAGGAAUGGUAUUAGAUCCUCACCUUGCCGCCAUCGUCAACGCCACUACUUUCCACACGUGACGUUACUCUCUUUUGGUCUUCUCUCUGCGUUUCGGUGCGCCAUAGCCUUUUUCGGGGACCGUAAAAGCGUAGCUUCUGCAGCAAAGGCCUCCCAUGGUGGUGGGAUCCUCUCUCGAUCACCAACUCUAUUAUUCAAUCUCCGAUAAAGCUCAUUGGCUCUUUCUCCCCCUCAAUCAUUAGCUCCAAUGAUGUCCUUUUUGUGCUCUGUGUUCUUGCUGUGCCUUGCGAGAAUUAUUGGUGCUUUUACUUGCUUUCAUGAAGUCUUUCACGAAACAUUCAAAAGAGUUGAGGGAGUUAUCUUUUGUGUUGAUUUACUGAGUGGAAGUGUUUUUUUCGGGGAAACAGAACAUGUUUGAGCGGUAGGAAGAGGAGAAGUCGUCGUGAAAUUGAAGAACGAGAAAUAGAGUGGUAGAAGCGAUUUGAAGAUAUGGGAUCUUUUAAGGGCCAUGUUCUUCCUGGGACGCUGUUUCUUCUGGUUGGUGUUUGGCACGUGUGGAGUGCUCUGCUGCGAUACGCGUCAAAUCCCGAUUUAUAUCGCGUCCGUGUAUGGAACCCUGUGCCGGGCUUCGAUGGAAAACUGAAAUACUUGGAGCUUUAUGUUGUUGUCAUUGGCGGUUUCAUUGAUUUGUGUAUCGAGCUUCUGUAUUCAACCCACCUCAAGUUCUUCGUUGAUGGAGUUUUGAACCCUUCGCAUAUGAACAACUUUGAACACUCGGGGAUGCUUCUCAUGUUCUUCCUUUUUGGACUCGUCACUCUGCUCAAUGAAAAGUCGAGGUUUGUUCGCCUACCAGAAGAAGCGCUUUGUCUGGUUGCUGCCAUGGCAUUCUGUGUCGAGUAUCUGUUGUUUUACUUUCAUUCAACUACUCAUAAAGGCCUUGAAGGUUACUACCAUAUUAUCCUCGUCCUCUUGAUAGGGCUCUGCAUUUUGUCAACGACUGCUGGAGCUGUUUUAACUACCAGCUUUCCAGUCGACAUGUGUAGCGGAAUUGCUAUCACCCUUCAAGGUCUUUGGUUUUAUCAGACGGCCUUCACUCUAUAUGGUCCAAUGAUGCCUGAUGGUUGUGAGCUCAAGGAAACUAUGAUGGUCAUGUGCCACUCAAAAGAGAGUGAGGUUAGAGGUGAAUUCCUUGCAAAUUUCCAGCUCUUUUCAAUGGUCCUUGGAGUUCUUGCUGGAGUCGUAGGGUUAUAUUGUUUCGCAGCUGCGAAGUAUGGGCGUUCUGACCUUGGGAGUUCAAAUGCCGUUCAUGUUGGAUUGGCUCAAGACUAGAUUACUUCCUGGUUUUUACAGGUUUCCCGACCUGGUCUCCACGCAACGACCUAGUAUUCUCGGAACCAAUCACGCAGAGAGAUGGAUGGUUCAAAGCGUUAGAAACAUAGUAUAGAAGUCGAAAAUCAUGAUGGUAUGUUUCUCAGGUAGUAAAUAGACAUGUUCAUUUUUUUAUUCUAUGAAUUUAACAUCUACUAAAACAUCAACCAUUUAUCUGCAAACCCAGUUAUUGAAAUUCUUUACGAUAUCGUAUAAUUUUUAGUUCCAAGUCUAGCUUGGAUUGAAACCAAAGAAUUAGUCCAUUUGUUUCGUCUAGAUGCUAUGAUUAAAUGUUUGGCAUUGAAAUGCAGUUAGAUUUUAUAUAUUCGAAUUAUGAACAGGGGUCUUCCAUGUGUAUUGAGAUGCUUUUGGAACUUUAAUUUAGCUGAGUAUUCAUUGAUAUUUUCUUAAUUAGAUCUAGAACGACUUAUUACAUAAUGUAAUCAAUGGAUUGAAGAUUUACUUUUUAGAUA